AAAAAGCCUAAUCACCAAGUUAUCUAAGCUUCUUGGUCAACUAUUUCUGCCAAAUGAAAAGAAAAUUAUGAUUUGUUCACAGUUAUAAUCACAUCCUAAUCGGGACCAUAAAAAACCCAUAAAAACUACAUUCAUAAGAUGCUAACAACCAAACAUUUCUUUGCUUCCCCCUAAAGAUAUUCCUGCUUAAACAAAACCUUCCUUCCUUCUAUCACACAUUUUCUCUCUUCUUUUUUCGGUUGAAUGUUCUCUGUUCCAAUUUUCCACCGCCCUCCCAUGCAAUACCUAUAUAUAGCUCUCUUCAACAUGUUGCUGUCAUAUUCCUCCAUAACACACUAUUAAAAAAAUAAAAAAUAAAAAAUCAGAGUUAAACCAUGAGUGAUAAUCACAGAAUUGUCAUCUUUAUUGGGUUUUUUCUUACUUUGACAUCGAUUCGAAUUACAGAUUGUUCCGUUGUUUCAACAGGCGACUUCAACAAGGAUUUCUUUGUGACAUGGUCUCCUAGCCAUGUAAACACUUCAGCUGAUGGCAGGACAAGGAGUAUGAAGCUCGACCAAGAAUCCGGUGCUGGUUUUGCUUCAAAUCAGAUGUUUUUGUUUGGACAAAUUGACAUGCAAAUUAAACUAGUACCAGGUGAUUCAGCAGGCACAGUUGUGGCCUAUUAUCUGACAUCUGAUCAACCUAACCGUGACGAAGUAGACUUCGAGUUCCUUGGAAAUGUGGCAGGCAAACCAUAUAUCAUUCAAACAAACAUGUUUGCUGAUGGAUUGGGCAACCGUGAAGAAAGGGUCAAUCUGUGGUUUGAUCCAACAAAGGACUUCCAUACCUAUUCAAUACUAUGGAACCUUCACCAAAUUGUGUUCAUGGUGGAUUGGGUUCCAAUCAGAGUAUACAGAAACCAUGCAGACAAGGGUGUAGCAUUUCCAAGGUGGCAGCCAAUGAGCAUAAAAACCAGCCUAUGGAAUGGCGACAGCUGGGCGACAAGAGGUGGCAAGGACAAAACUGAUUGGUCAAAGGGCCCAUUCAUAGCUUCAUUCAGAAACUACAAGAUUGAUGCCUGUGUCUGGAAAGGAAAUGCAAGGUUUUGCAGGGCAGAGAGCCCUACAAACUGGUGGAACAAGAAGAAGUUCAGCACCCUAACAAAAACACAGAGAAGGUUGUUCAAAUGGGUUAGAAAGCACCACAUGAUUUAUGACUAUUGCCAAGAUAAACAGAGGUUCCAAGGCAACCUUCCAAAGGAGUGCUCUCUGCCUAAGUAUUGAUAAAUUAAAGAAAGCAAAAAACCAUUUUAUUUUAUUUUAGUGUUUUUCCUUUUCUCUAUUUUAUUGUGUAGCAAAUUAUUAUUUCUAGGUUAGAAAUCAAUAAUCAUAUAGAGGUUGUUCAUCAGAGAGGAAUUUAAAGCUCAAUUACUUGAAGCAUUCAAAUGAAUCACAGACUUGGAAGUAAAGUAACCUUUUUAGUUUUCUGUCUUUGGAUUUGUAAUAUACCAAAAUGUUUCUUCA